CUGCUCAACACUACGCCUUCCUUUCCUGGACUCAUAGUUUCCUCUUCAACUACGAGCGCCUAACCUGCUUUGCCCGUCGUCCCUGGCAAGCCGUUGUCCCCGAAACCCAUCGUGCUCGCCGUCACAAUAGACUGAUUUUGCCCUUCAUGUCUGCUUUGCUUGAGGAUCCACGCGUGGAAUCCGAUGAUGAAGCGACACGCCUCUCGCCCGCCCGCAGCUCGUCGCAGGAAUCCAACCACUCAGCCGACGAGGGCGUGCGUGCGCCUGGAGUGAAGGACGGGUACUUUGGAUAUAACGAGGAGAAGACCUUGCACCAUAUCGAAGAGAAGAUGUGGGCCCAUAGACGCGGCUCCGACGCUGGGACGGCGUCGCGGCCUAUCUCGGCACUGAACUCUCCUCACCUGCGGCCAGAUGCACAUGUGCACCCAGAGCUCGCAGCUCAGCUAGGCAGCCUCAAGCUGUCUGUGCCAGAACCGAACGGCAGCAUCGCGCGAGAGGGAACACCGCAGGAGCAAUGGCUGAUGGCACAGAUCCACGCAUCGCCGUUGUCAGCAGAGUUCGUGCCCAUCUUUGAGUCGCUCAAAAAGUGCUUGGAACUCCGGGAUAAAUACAUGCUCCGUUCCGGCCAGGAUUUGGGCUUCAAUCCCAAGGACUAUGAUGGCGCGUUCACAGGUCUAGAUGACGAUGUUGCAACUGUCUGCGGCGUGCGCCCUGAUGUAGAUUACGAAGCGCAUCCUCCACCGAAAAGCCCGUUCAAUAAGUGGAGGAUUUACCCGAAGCCCCCGCCUCCGCAUUGGCACUGGAAAGGCGCCAACCAACUGAUACCGAGCAACACCGGCUCCGAAAAUGAGGAUGAAGAAGUAUUUUUAUUUGAGAACUGCGAGAUUCCUGGUCCAGACAGUAGGCGCUUUGAGAUUGACGAGAAGGGUGUGUUCCAAGUAUACGAUCGGGCGGAUGAUCAAGUGCCUGCAUACGAUAUUCCAAGUAUCAGAGAAUACUUCAUGGACUUAGAAUAUGUCCUUGGAGUCAUUUCCGAUGGUCCUACAAAAAGCUUCGCAUUCCGAAGGCUGAACUAUCUCUCAAACAAGUUCACCAUGUAUCUCCUCCUGAACGAGACUCAAGAGCUGGCGGAAAUUAAAAGAGUACCUCACCGCGACUUUUACAAUUUACGAAAAGUGGACACACAUGUGCAUCAUUCCAGCAGCAUGAACCAGAAACACCUUCUGCGCUUCAUCAAAGCAAAAAUGAGGAAGAGCCCCGAUGAUGUCGUGAUCUUCCGCGACGGCAAGGAACUGACCCUAGCAGAGGUCUUCAAAUCUUUGAACCUCACAGCAUACGAUCUCUCGAUCGACACCCUAGACAUGCAUGCACAUUUAGACUCUUUCCAUCGAUUUGACAAAUUCAAUCUCAAAUACAAUCCUAUUGGAGAAUCGAGACUACGAGAAAUCUUCUUGAAGACGGACAAUUACAUCUCUGGUCGAUAUCUGGCUGAGCUCACAAAAGAGGUAAUGACGGAUCUUGAGCAGAGUAAAUAUCAAAACUGCGAAUGGCGAGUUAGCAUCUACGGGCGCAAGGCGGAUGAGUGGGAUAAGCUUGCAAGAUGGAUUGUCCACAACAAGCUGUACUCGCACAACGUCCGCUGGCUCAUCCAAAUCCCGCGUCUGUACGAUGUUUACAAGCAAAACGGGUCUAUCGAGACCUUCGAGGAUGUCGUGCAAAACGUUUUCAGACCAUUGUUCGAGGUCACGCGCGACCCAUCGUCUCAUCCCGAGCUGCAUGUCUUUCUGCAGCGUGUCAUCGGCUUUGACACCGUGGACGACGAGUCGAAAGCUGAACGGAGAUUCCACAGGAAGUUUCCAUACCCGCGGCUGUGGAAUGCGAAGGAGUCGCCUCCGUAUUCAUACUGGGUAUACUACAUGUUCGCAAACAUGGCCAGUCUGAACCAUUGGCGGCGAGCUAGGGGAUUCAAUACCUUCGUCUUCCGGCCCCAUAGCGGAGAAGCAGGAGAUACAGACCAUCUGACGUCCGCCUUCCUGACGGCGCACUCCAUCUCCCACGGCAUCCUCCUCCGCAAAGUGCCUGCUCUCCAAUACCUGUUCUACCUGAAGCAAAUUGGGCUUGCGAUGAGUCCUCUGAGCAACAAUGCUUUGUUCUUGACAUACGAGCGCAAUCCCCUACCGGACUUUUUCAAAGUAGGAUUGAACGUCAGCCUGAGCACCGAUGACCCGUUGCAGUUCCAUUUCACCAAGGAACCACUAUUGGAGGAGUACAGCGUCGCGGCUCACAUAUACAAGCUACCACAAAGCUCCCUUGCCGAGCUCGCGCGCAAUUCGGUGAUUCAGAGCGGGUUCGAGAUGGAACUCAAACGACACUGGCUGGGACAAUACUGGUAUCUGCCUGGAGCUGCCGGUAACGAUAUCAACAAGACGGACGUGCCGAACCUGCGACUGGAGUACAGACGACAGACAAUGGUGGAAGAGCUUUCUAUGAUCAAUGGCGCAAGCACCAUACAAGCUGCAUAGCUCUUGUCUUAAGGACAGCGGAUACCAUAUACAAUUCAUGCCCUUUUAUACCUCACGAUCCGUGUUGAUUACCGAUGGACUAAUAUAACUCACGAAACUUACGGUCAGGAUGCCAGGUCAAACAGAGUAGAGGUUGCGAUAUGUACAGAGGAUACUGCAGUGGUCCUACAAGUUCGCCUAUCU